AUGCAGCCCCACCGUGCCUCCGCGGUGGCGAAACUGAGCCUCGCCUCCUUCUGCUUCGCCUUGAAGCUCGUGCUGCUUUACGCCGCCGAGGGACAGCCUCAGCACCACGGCCCCGACCUACAUUGGUACCCCGGAACGGCCACCUGGUAUGGCGACCCCGAAGGAGAUGGCAGCACCGGUGGGGCUUGUGGGUAUGGUUCGAUGGUGGAUGUGAAGCCGUUCAGGGCGCGAGUGGGAGCAGUGGGGCCCUUGCUGUUCAUGAACGGGGAAGGGUGUGGUGCCUGCUACAAGGUGAGGUGUUUGGACAAGAGCAUAUGUUCGAGACGAGCCGUGACAGUCAUAAUUACCGACGAGUGCCCCGGUUGCCCCUCUGACCAAACACACUUCGAUCUCAGUGGUGCUGCCUUUGGCCGCAUGGCCAUUGCUGGCGAGAACGGUCCUCUCAGAGACCGUGGUCAAAUCCCUGUCAUUUACCGAAGAACACCGUGUAAAUAUCCCGGGAGAAAAAUUGCUUUUCAUGUUAACGAAGGCUCCACACCAUUCUGGCUAUCACUUCUGGUCGAGUUUGAGGACGCAGAGGGUGAUAUUGGCUCCAUGCAUAUACGAGAAGCAGGGUCCAUAGAGUGGCUGCAGAUGAAUCACCUGUGGGGUGCAAACUGGUGCAUUAUUGGGGGACCUUUAAGGGGACCGUUCUCAGUGAAAUUGAGCUCUUCCACUGGUAGAAGCCUCUCUGCAAGAGAUGUUAUUCCAAGCAAUUGGGUUCCAAAGGCAACUUACACCUCUCGUCUAAAUUUCUACCCCUAG